AUGAGUGAGAAAUCAUUAAAAAUAGAAGUUGAACCUCCUGGGCGGGACUCAAUGGAUUCUAUCAGUUUGCUCAAAGAGGUAAAAGAGAAAGUUUUAACUCAUUUGAACGAAAAACCUCUUUAUGCUAGUGACUCCAUAGUUAAUAAUUCUUGUAAAAAUGCUUUAUCUCUAGCUCGUUCUAAAAAGAAGGCAAAGAGUAAACUUUUGCCUGUUUAUAUUCCACGAUCGCUUUUUGAUAGUAGUCCUUCUUUAAGUCCCAGCUCAGUUUCUUCAACAGAUACAAAUGAUAAUAGUAGUGAUGCACAAGAAUAUAUGUUAACAAAUAAUGACGUCGCACAAAAAAUUUCUCCACUGGCAUUCGAUUACAUGGACGAGAAAGGACUAACAAUUUGUGCGAACUUUAUUUUUAUAUAA